AUGGACAUUGCAUGGCAGUCACAACUUGAGAAGGCAUUGAUUUUUUCUCAUGGGAUGAAAUAUAUACUUGUGGCGGUGAACUACGUAUCAAAAUGGGUGGAAGCUAUAGCAAUCUCUAACAAUGAAAGGAAGAGUAUCACCACGUUUUUGAAGAAGAACAACUUCUCAAGAUUUGGCACACCUAGGGCCAUUAUUAGUGAUGGUGGAUCUCACUUUUGCAGUAUAUUUUUAAUUGGGCUUUUGGAGAAAUAUGGGGUUCGCCAUUUUGUGGUCACUUUGUAUCGUCCUCAUACUAGUGGGCAAAUUGAGGUGUCUAAUCAAGAAAUCAAGCAAAUUCUGUUGAAAAUGCCUUGGGUGCACAAAUCCGUUGACGAGGCUGAGAACCAGAUCGAGAAGAGGGAGGUUGUGGCGAGUUUGCGGGCAAAUGCUGACAACAUUCUAGAGAUGAGGGGGACUGAGCUCGAGAAUGCACCCUUUGAGCUACCGCCGCCUGAGUCAUGUGUUCGUGCCAAGAGGCACCAUUCAAGCCGCACCAUUAAUGGAGAGGAUGCCCAUGCAAGGAAGAAGGAGGGGUUGUAUCUUGAGGCUUCAAGGAGAGCCUCGUUGAUUGGUAAGGAUACCGGUCAGAUGAGUGCUCGAGAGUUUCUUGCUGGGUCAUUUAGUUCAAGAACGGAGGCUGUUGAGAGGCGCACCACUAAGGGUGUGGAAAUUUCUAUCGGCACCACUGAGGGUGUCCCUACUAUAGAGGUUGUGUGUUAUUGGAAACUGGACCCUCUUACGUGUUGA